AUGGAAAUUGAAAAAAUAAGCGAUAACGAAUAUCACAUAUCAGGCAGUGUAUUGUAUAGUGUAUUUUCAGGUAAUUCUUCUCUUCAGGUUGUUCAACUAUUAGGCUCUUUUUCAAGAUUUCCUUCGUAUUGCUUUGCGAAAUGCCAAAAUCUUAGAGAAAUACAAUUCAAUCCAGAAAUCACAUCUAUUGGAGACUAUUCAUUCUAUCUAUGCGAUAAUCUUGCCACAAUCAAUUUCCCAAUUGAUUUAAAAACCAUCGGAAAUCAUGCAUUUGAACAAUGCACAAAUUUACAAACACUGCAGUUACCAAAUACAAUAUCAAUUCUAGGAGAUAAUUCUUUUUCGGGCUGCGCACAUCUUACAAUUAUUAAUUUAAGCUCGGAUUCAAUUAUUAUUGGAUCUAGUGCAUUUUCUUCAUAUACAGAACUUAAUACAGUUAACGUUCAUGGCAGUUUUUCCGAAAUUGGAGAAUAUGCUUUUAAUACUUGUCACAAAAUUCAAUUUUUUAAUAUCACAGGUGAUCUUACAACAAUUUCAUCAUAUUCUUUUCAAUCCUGCACUGCAUUAAAGAAUGUUAACAUUAGUUCUUCGGUUACAAAAAUUGGAGACUUCGCAUUUAGUUCAUGCAAUUCAUUGGAAUCAAUUACAUUACCAGACACAAUAAAUUUUAUCGGAAAAGAUGCAUUUUCCAGCUGUACUUCCUUGAAAACUUUUAAAAUCCCAAGAGAUUUAACAAUAAUUCCAGAAAAUUUAUGCCUUUCUUGUGAUGGGCUCCACGAAGUAAUAGUAAAUAGUAAUGGUAUCUUAUACGAAUCCAAUUGCUUCGGAAGUUGUCAUAAUUUGAAGAGUAUUACUUUCGAAUCUCAAAAUAUUUGUGAUUUAAUUAUUGACGGCGCCUUCAUUGAUACACCAUUAGAAACAAUUACAAUUACAAAUAAAAAUGUAACGAUCCUAAGUAAUUCCUUUGGCUCAUCAAUAUAUACAUCAUUAACAAAUGUUGAUAUAUCAGACGGAUAUGCAUUAAUUUUUAUUGAUGGAUUCGAUGGAUUCAAUGGAGAUGAUUCAACUUUAAGAAUAGAUUGCAAAAAUGUAACAUUGAAGAGUUCAAAUAAUUUUCAACAAACUUUCAAAAGCAUUGAUAUUACAUCAUUUGAUUCUAUAGUUAUUUAUAAUAAUACUUUUUCAGGCGCAACUGAGUUAUCUACGAUUAAUUUAGAUGGAAAAACUGUAGAGAUUAAUGGAGGUGCUUUUUCAAAUUGCAUGAAUUUAGGAAGUAUUUAUAUACGGUGA